UGGUGGAGCUGAUUGUGGUUCUGGUUGCUCAGGAGGAAACUGAAGUGUACCUUCUGAAGCAGAACACAGAGGCUGUGAGUGGGUCAUCAGGCAGUCUCCCUAUGUCAGGCCGAAACGGGUCUGCAAGUGAUGCAGACUGCCGGAUCUCUGAGGACUGCCGUGUCCCAGAUGUUGAGCUGAUGGAGCUGGGGCCACUGCUGGAGGAGGGAGGGGGGCGACCGGCAGCAUCUAAAGGCGUCCAUCCAGAGGGAGCUGCAAUGCUUGCUGACGAGGAAGAGGAUGAUGAUGAGGUGGGAGAGGUCCUGACUUUACCACUUCAGGCUCACCAUGCCAUGGAGAAGAUGGAGGAGUUUGUACACAAGGUUUGGGAGGGCCGCUGGAGGGUCAUCCCUUUCCAUGUCCUGCCAGAGUGGCUAAAGGACAACGAUUACCUCCUGCAUGGACAUCGGCCCCCUAUGCCCUCCUUCCGGGCCUGUUUUGGAAGCAUCUUCAGAAUUCACACUGAGAGGAACAUCUGGACUCACCUGCUAGGGCUGAUCUUAUUCCUUUGUCUGGGCACGUUAACCAUGCUGCGGCCCAACAUGUAUUUUAUGGCCCCUCUGCAAGAGAAAGUGGUGUUCGGGAUGUUCUUCCUGGGAGCUGUGCUCUGCCUCAGCUUCUCCUGGCUUUUUCACACCGUCUACUGCCACUCUGAGAAAGUGUCUCGCACCUUCUCAAAGCUUGACUACUCGGGCAUCGCCCUCCUGAUCAUGGGCUCCUUCGUGCCCUGGCUGUACUACUCGUUCUAUUGUUCCCCUCAGCCUCGACUUAUCUACCUCACCAUUGUAUGUGUCCUGGGCAUUGCCGCCAUCAUAGUGGCUCAGUGGGACCGGUUCUCAACACCUCGUCACAGACCUACAAGAGCAGGUGUGUUCAUGGGUCUUGGAUUAAGCGGCAUUGUCCCCACCAUGCACUUCACCAUCGAGGAGGGCUUUGUUAAGGCCACCACAGUGGGCCAGAUGGGUUGGUUCUACCUGAUGGGUGCCAUGUAUAUCACUGGAGCGGGUCUGUAUGCUGCCAGGAUCCCUGAGCGCUACUUUCCUGGAAAGUGUGACAUCUGGUUUCACUCUCAUCAGAUUUUCCAUGUUCUGGUCGUGGCGGCGGCAUUCAUCCAUUUCUACGGGGUUUCCAACCUGCAGGAAUUUCGCUACGGCCUUGAGGGAGGAUGCACAGAUGACUCUCUACUCUGAGAGGCCUGACUGUGACCUACUCAUACUUUUCUUUAUAGUCCCACAAACACCUCACACACACACACACACACACACACACACACACACACACACACACACACACACACUCGCACACACAAUCACUUUAAAUGCUGCUGGAAUUCAAUAUAGUCACUUAUUGCUCCUUCUGUACUUCUGAUUUGCUAACAUCUUGUUUUGGGUUUUGGUGGUCUUUCUUUUUGGCUCUUUUUUGCUCAAAUAAAGUAGCAUUAACUAGCCAUUGAACUACAGAGGGUAUCUUCAACAGGCACUACUUCUUCAAUAAUUCUGAAACUUGAACUCUACAUUUUCAAGUAAGGUCAAAAUGGGAUUUUAACCAAAAUCGUAGAUUACUGUAACUGAUGGUCACUUCUUAGAAGCUCACUAGUACCCCGACCUCUUCAUAGUCUGUUACCAUUGCACAAAGGGUACAGAGAGUAUUAUUUGUGCUGUAGCAGAGGGCACAUACUGUAAACCAUUCCUGUCCUUCCUCCCAGUUUCCAUGCAGGUUAGAGGAUGAAUGUACUGUUCACCAGGAGUGAGGUGUAGAGCAGUCCAGGACCAUUUAGGAGCUUGAGGGCCUGCGCACACAUUUGUAUUAAAAGAAUGAAAGUUUACACAUAUAGUGUAUAGAGGUGUGACCAGAUGUUUUCUAACUGUGCUGACACUGAAUGCGCAGCUUUGCGUUAAAACCUGGAGGACCAUUAUACAAACCCAUCCACGCCUGCUCUGCAAUAAAACCUGAACUGUACUCUCAAUGCCCAGUCGCCACCCCCCAGGAAAUCUAAUUAGAAAUAAAAUAAAAUCCCAUCAAAAUAAAAUAAAAUACAUGAAAUGAAUGAAAGAAACGCAGCCUAACUCCUAUAGAUAUGAUCUAUAGAUUGGUCUUGAGUAAGACAAGAUCCAAUGCUCGUCUGAAUUUUUACAAAAAUGAUUGAAAAGGGAUAGUUAUGAUAGUAUGAGGUACUUAUCCAUCGUCAGUGUAUUACAUACGGUAGAUGGGAGUCAGCACGCCCUCAGUUUAGAGAAUCAGGCAAGAGCACUGUCAUGGAAGUUAAGCAAUGUACUGCUGUGAGCUGGGGUAGCAACAAAAUUUAUUUUUGCCACCAAAAGAGGUUAUAGCAGUUAAGUGUACUCAACAUUGAGAAUAUUUUCACUGUUUUACUUUGAAACAGACAGCCCUUUCCGAUGGGAAAGCCAUUAACGACUUGUUCCCCAUCUACACUCUCGUCAAAACCACAAGAAUACAUUGACCAAAAAAGUGACUGACUUUGGUGACUCUGAACUAACCACUCAAAACACUAUGGUUACACAAUAACACAUACCAAAAAAAGUGAUGGAUGCAGUGAUUGACCAGCAGCUUCUGAUUUCUGAUUUUCUCAACAGAGUCUGGCUCUAAAGAGAGCAAUAUAUUAGCUUCAAUUCCCCAUUAGAAACUGUUCUCUGGUGGCAAGUUAAAAUGGUUAAAAUACAUUUUGCUGCUGUUUUGCCAUUCACAGGAAUACAUUGCUUGGCUUCUGUGGCGGCCUGCUUCUCCAAACUGGGGGCGUGCCGACUGCCAUCUACUGUAGGUAAUACACUGGUUAUGGAUAAGUACCUCAUACAAUCCUGCUUAAAAAGAUCUGCACCAUCCCUUUUAAACUGAUUCCUCAGCAUUUUGGGGUUUUUGAUGCAUUGUUGUAAUUUACAAAAGUCCCAAACAAGUGACAUAAUGGCACAGAAAAGCUGCAACUGUGCCAAAUGUAUCUGCUCAGUUGAGGUUAGACCCUUAAAAUGUAGAAGUGAAAGAACUCCCCUGCCAUCAUGUUUCAGUCCAACGACUCAUCAUUACUACAUUUCUUCAGUAACAGUUCCUGGGCGUCGCACAAUGUACAGAUCUGGAUCGGUCAAAUUGUGUUUUUGUCAGCUAGAGAUAUUUCUUUUGUGCUAGAUUUCAGAUGCAAUGAGAGGUGUAAAUAUCAAAUGCACCUUAGUGUAUACUAUUAAAUUGAAAAAUCGCCGUACGGGGUUUAAAAUGUGUUAUGUAUGAUUGAUAUAAACUUUUAGUAUUCCUGUGCCUUAGGCCAACGGAAAUGUUUUUAAAUAAAACGGCCUAUCUUAACAGUCAAGGGAGCUUAAAGGAUUUCCAGAUGUUGACUUUUCUUGUUUUCCUUGCCAUAUAUACAAUCGAAUCAUUAUUGAACUUACAACUCCAUGGAUAGGUUGUAUCAACUGCUGUUUAAGACUCCUUUUUCUAGAUCAACUUAUUUGAGCUUUAUUACAAAGACUAAAACGAUGUGUAUUCUUGACUUUGUGUAAUGUCCUGUGUAGAA